UUGAGUUUAUCCCAUCUAAACAUUUGUAUAUCCGUGAUAAUCGUCAUCUUAGUUUCUUCUUCUUCUUCUUCUUUCUUUUUUUAUUUUUCAAAAAUUCUUAUGCGUGUGUAUUAUCGUAUGUGCAGUUAAUCUUUUAGAAGUGACAAGGAUUUUGUUUAAGAAGAGAAAAGAAAAAAAGGUAGCAAGAGGAGUAGUGAACAAAACAAAUUUAAAAAUGUCGUCCUCAAAAACUCCGUGUGCCGCAUGCAAGACUUUGCGCCGUAAAUGUAUCAACGAAUGCGUGUUUGCACCAUACUUCCCACCAGACCAGCCUCAUAGAUUCGAGAGCGUACACAGAGUCUACGGAGCAAGCAAUGUUGCAAAAAUCCUGAGCGAUCUCCCUGAAGCCGAUAGAGUAGAAGCUGUUACUUCUCUUGUAUAUGAGGCAGAGGCACGGCUAAAGGACCCAAUAUACGGUUGUGUGGGCUCAGUCUCUAUUCUCCAGCACAAGCUAAAGCAAAUCAACACUGAGAUACAAGCCGCCAAACAAGAAUUGGCUACCUACAUUGGACCAUCGGCCAUGAACACUGGGGUUAUGCCGCAGUUUCCCAACCACCAUCCGUUGGUAGUUCCUGUUAUAACUUCUAACUCGGAGCGGAUGUUGGGGACUUCUGAUGCUCAACAUUUAUACGAGGCUCAGAGACAACAUUUAGUUGGAUCUGGUAGAGAGCAAGACAUGUUAAGGAAUUUUGAGCACCAUCCACACCAACGAAUACAACAUCAGCAGCCGACGAUGGACCUAUCGAUGCUUAAUAGACGUUUUGAUGGUACCGGUGGUCUGCAUAAUCGACAACAAUUAUACGAGGCUCAGCAACAACAAUUGGUUGAGGAGCAGGAUAUGUUAAGGAAAAUGGAGCACCAACAUCAACAGACGUCCAUGGAACAAGUGAUGCGUAAUAGACGUUUUGAUGGUGCUGGACCUUCACAUCAGGCAACCCAUAGUGCCUCGUAUGACAGUAAUGUGUAUCGGUCAUCAAUGCUGCAGUCGCAUCCACAACAACAGGAUCUUCAUCUACAACAGCUCAUACAACGUCAACUCUUGCUCCAGCAACAAAAUCAGCCAUCGCAGCCGCAGCCAGAUCAUGGAGAUGGGAGCGAGGAGCGUAGCAGCGUUGAUCCGUGAUGAAAAUCAGGUUAUGAUCAUUCUUUUUCAUAGAGUCGAGCAACAGUCGAUAUUAUUUUUCGUUCCAUUAGGUUUGUCUUUCUUGAUAGACUAAUUGUUACAUUUUCGCAUACUUGCAGCCGUUUUGGCCAUUCAUAAUUUUGAAUAAAAACUUGGUUUGUUCUAUA